GCCGCACUUCAUGGAGCCAAUAUGGGAUAGACAGGCGGGGUAGAAAGUCCUAGGAGGAAACCACGAUAUGGUCCUUCCCCCAUUUCUAGUUUCCCAGCCCCAGCCCCUUUCGACUUGUUCUCGUUUGCUCCUUCUCCCCUCUAUCCCAAAACAGCCAAACAAGGACGGGUCCCGUCCCCCCGCAGAAUGGCCACAGAACCAGAGCUAUCAGAGAUGUGGGCUUCGGCCCUGGCCGAGUACGAGCGGGACACGAAGCGCGCGCUCGAUCGCAAGAUGCUGGAACGCAUGCGGGAUGUGCUGACCCCAGACGACCUGCUCACCGAGAUCGAGGCAUCGGACCAAGCAUUUCGUGAUUUCCGCAAUAAGCGAGGCGGGUUGUGGCGCAAGCUCAGCGCCUUUGUCCCGCCGCUCGUCGCCGCGCUCAAGAUUGGAAUCACGCCCUUGAGCGCAUCGGCGGAUGCUGUUGGCAUCCCGGCCAGUGCUGUGUUUGGGGCAUUGUUGCAUCUUGUUCGGAGUUGCGAAAACGUCUCCAAUGCAUUUGAUUGGGUUGAAGAGGUUUUUGGCGAGUUGAAACGCUUUCUGGACAGGCUAAAAGUCCUGAUGCAAGCACCUUUGCAUUCAAUCCUGAAGGACCAAGUGAUUGCAAUACUGGUCUGCGUGUUGCGAGUAAUCGGCCGUUCUGAGGCCCUUAUUCGGGGAUCGCACUUUCGUCAAUAUCUAAGAGUUACGUUCCUCGGCAAGGAUGAAAAGACCACAAAAAUUAUCGGCGAUUUCAACAAGCUUGUGGCAAACGAACACUUGAUCGAAGUCUCCUUGACUCUGGCUACUGCCCAGAAGAUUGAGGACAAGCAAGACACAAACACGGCUGAUAUCAGGAAUGAUAUACAAGCGGUCCAAACCGCCAUAAAAGAAGGACAAGAGCAGGAGACGGCAGCACAGAUCCAAGAAAGAUUAGAACGUAUCCUAUGUGGAACUACCGCUGUGCAUGAGGUGCAAGAGACUUAUCACCGAAUCAAGAAGGAUCUACUUCAAGGCACUGGUGCUUGGCUAAGAGACGAGCCCAUUUUCCAAUCAUGGAUCAAGCACCAAGCCAGCAUUCUUUGGAUCUUUGGUGGGCCAGGCUCGGGCAAAUCCUACCUAUCCACCUGGAUUACGAUGCAAUUGACAGAGAAUCUGAUUGACCCCGAGUACACGCGAGAUAGUUCCGUGGCCUAUUUCUUCGUCAAGGAAAACAACAAGGAUCUUCGGAAUGCCAACAACAUAUUAAAAACGCUGGCCUGGCAGCUGUGCGAACAGGAUGCUCAUUUCAAAGCCCACGUAGCUGCAGCGUGCAAGGGCAACAAAAAUCCCACGUUUACGCCCGAAGAUACGUGGGAGAAUCUUUUCCUGAGCUAUUAUAACGGCAAGGAGCCAGUUCCGACCAAGGCAACGAUCAUCAUCGACGGGUUGGACGAAGCCCCCCGCGAAACAAGACAAAUCAUUCUCGGCUUCCUCAAACGACUCGUAUCAGCGUCACGCUCGACGGACCGCGUAUCAAUACAGUUCGCAGUAGUGGGACGCAACGACUUGCGCAACGAUAUGGAUUUUACGCGACAGGAAAAGUUCUACCUCAUCAAGGUCGACAAAACAAAGAACCAAAACGACAUUGACAGCUACGUGCGGCGGAGACUUGAGGACGUCGAAAUCCUGCGGCGUAUGCGAAAGAUGAAGCCGCGCGGGAAACAGGAUGCCAACGCCGCGGGCGCGCGCAUCAAGAAACGCAUUCUCGCCGGUGCCGAUGGCGUGUUCCUGUGGGCGAGGUUGCUGAUCAAGAUGAUCCUUAAUAAGGACCUUGCGCAAAUCGAAGAAAUCCUCCGCGAACCACCCGAAACACUCGAUGAUAUGAUCGAAUCGGUGCUGGACCGUAUGGCGAGUGACAAGGAUCUCGGGCACCAGUUGCUCAGGAAGAUGUUGCUUUAUGUGGUCUAUGUGCAGCGGCCGCUUCGUUUUGGCGAGCUGAACGAGUUUUUAAGUCUGCCGGACAGGAAACCCAACCUGCUGCUCUGGGAGAGGACUCGGGGUGUACUUUCGGCCGUUUUCGAUCUGCGAUUCCCUGGCGACCAAGACCCAGAUGAGAUACAGGAUGAUGACGAAGAGGAAAACGAACUCGAAGGCUCUGGUGACGAGAAGGGGAAUGACGAUGGGUCUGACCAGUCCGACGACGAGGAGGAUGGGUUUGAUUUUACCGGGGAUGACGAAGACGAAGACACUGGCGCCGAUGACAGUGACAACCAAGAAAUCUUCGCGCCCGUCGCCUCGCACCGCCUCCGCACAUCAUGGGAAGUACAACUUCGCCGACAAAACACGACGACACAGUAUCAGACAUACCUCAACGACGCUCAGAUCAAGACCGAGAUCACCUUUUGCCACGCCCGUUUUAAGGACUACCUACAGCGGGAAGGUCGCUCCCGGAACCGUACCAAGUUGGUGCACGCCAUCAUCCCGGAGACCGAAAGGGUGCAUAUUGAAAUUACCAUGAUGUGCCUUGAAGUCUUCAUGCUGGAAUACUCGCUCAAAGAUCACAGCAAGUACCUGGUUGAUUAUCCUCUCAACUACCUCGGCUUCCACCUUCGUCGUGUAGACCUCGAAAAGGUUUCGGACUUGGAGUUUGGCAAGAUCAUCAAAGGCCUUUAUUGGCUCUUUGGUACUAAACGGGGAUCGGUUUGCUUUGUUUUGGCAAACCAGGACUAUGACCUUGAUGGCACACGCUCCAGCGAGAGCGCCUUUUCUCGGAAUUGGGUGACGAGUGUGGAGAAUCUGAAGCUCGUACAGACUUGGUUCCGCGAGGCAACUUCGCGCAGUACCAGCGUGGACCUCGACCAAAAAGCUCGAGUUUGGAUUCAGGCUGCGUCAGAAAGCUAUGCCGAGCUGCUGAAAUGCGUCAUGAUGGCGGCCAGCAACAGCUGGCUCACUAAACCGGGCUAUGACAGCGAUGAAUAUCGUGUCAAAGGCUACUUCCCGUGUUGGUUGAUGGAAGGAUGGCUAAGUUUGGCCGAGACAGGUGAAAUUUCGACCCAGCUAGAAGGUCUAGACUACGCUUACGACAAUAUAACGUUUCUGAGGCGGGCCACUUCCUCCCAUCUCAAGCACGUUGCGAUGUGGGCCGGACUAGAGCGGGAUACGCACUGGCACACCUGCCUAGGGUGGAUGCUCAUGGAGGGAAAACACUUUACCGAAGCCAUCGCGCAUUAUGACAUGGCCAUCCAGCUCAGCCCCAAGGACGCUUGGGUUGCGAUGGAAGGUAGAGCCCGCUGCCACGGAAGCAUGGAAGAAUACCAAGAGGCAAUUGACUGGCAGAGGCGAGCGAUCGAGUCCCUGCCCGAAGGUAUGAAGAGCAUCGGGGCUUUUCUGUACCCCCGUAUCGCGGAGUGGGCCGCGCAGCUGGGGGAUGAGGAUGCCUCGUUCGAGGCGGCCGAGCUCGGCAUCCAGAUCGACGCGUACAGUCUGCUUGCGCAGGUACGCUACAUCGAGGCCCUGUGGCGUAGGGACGACUGGGACCAUCUGAUGUACAUUUUCGACUGGCUGAACAGGCAGAGCACCGAUGAUGAACGCGGGUACAGCUGGUUUGUGCGGCUUCUGCUGGGGGGAGAGUAUAUCUUGGGCGAGUUGGGUGAGGCCUGCCGCCAAAAAGGACAGCCAACGUGGGUGCUCGACGCUCUGGGCGUGGUGGAGGAGCAGGUCCUGAAGAGCAGCUCCAGGGACGACGCGAGGAACGUGUCAUGGUGGUCAUACCACCUGAUGUGGUUUUACAACCAGUGGUAUGACGAUUGCGCCGACCAGGUCAUCCGGCUGGGCGAGCGACUCCUGGACUCGCUCAAGCAGCUCUCACCCGAGCUGCAGCGAUCGUGGGAAACUGAGCGCAGCUGGGCCGUCAACAAGCUGGCGGGGCUGUACUACGACAAGGCGGUGGCGACUUGGGACGAGGGCCGCGGGAUGACCAAGGCGACGGUGUUUGCAAACAAGAUCAAGAUGCUUGCCGUCAGCGUGCCCACGAGCACGGCCGAGGGAUUCGAGGGCUUCGACUUCUUCCACAAGGACUACCCAGCACUGCUGUGGGGUCGUUGGCUGAGGGACUUUCUCAAAGCUGACGAAAAUGCAUGGAGAGAGUCGUUCAAAGCGCGACUGCUCGAGGAGAUGAAGAGUUUGGACGACGACGAUCCGGCAAACGACACCAGCGGCAUGGCCACGUUGGCCGUGAGCUUGUUUCAUGCAGGGGAUAGGAAGAACGCCGCGGCGCUGUUGGCUAUUUUGUUUCAACCACUAGAGACCUAUGAGCCUGAAGGGGAGGACAAAGAUGAGGAGAGCGAGCAGGAACAAGGUGUUGGUGAUGAUGAUGACGAAGCGACGAAAGAGGAUGAUGUGCAACAGGACGAGGCAGAGUACAGCGAAAUAGCGGAUACAGACGAUUCUUGGGAGGAUGUGGAGGGAGAGGAGAAGGAAGAAGCAAGACCUAAAAAGGUCAGAAUACAGGAGCCAGUCAACGACGAGGCAAAGGAGCAAGACAGCAAAGACGAAGAAGUGCAGCAAACCGUCAACCACACAGCAGAAAAAGAAGAGCAGGAACCGGAAACACUGGCAAGGUCCACCGGAGAACCAGAAACGACAACGACAACAGCACUCCUAGCACCACCAGGGCCAGGCCACCUGAUCCGACGCAAGACGAUGCCGGGCGACGUGCUAGCCCUCAACGUAGAGCAGGGGAGCUGGGCGUACACGUGCAACAAUUGCAGGCGCGACGCCUCGGAAGUCGAGGAGCUAUACUUUUGCGAGGUCUGCUACCAGACGCACUGGUGCGGCGAGUGCCUGGCCAUGGUGCGCGACCGUACACUGCAGCCUGGCCUGGCCGCCAACGCCUGCAACCCGGCCCACGACAUGUACCGCGCGUGGCCCAUCGACGCCGAGGCCAGGGAUCUGGCUGCCGUCUACAUGGAUGGCGGUGCCACGCUGAGGAGGGAGUGGUUGGAGGAGCUCAGGGCCAGGUGGCUCGGGGUUGGGGCUUGAAAGUUGGGAUGGGGGCGACGGCCAUGAUCGGGUGACAGAUCGACCCGGGAGCUUGGAUAAGGGUGGGGUUAUGCGAUGCUUGUCCUGAAGCUUGUAUUUUGUCGCGACCUGGGGUCACGUCUAGCCUCUUUGCGGACAUGACAAGUCUCGCGAAACUUUAAACGGCGCUUAUAUCUCCUCGCGCCCAGUGAAAUUGGCUACUGUACAUGUUUAGUUUACUAAAAAAAGGCACGUACCAAAAGAAUGUAGAUAUGAAACAGCCUUAGUGUUUGCAAUCAGUCAGGGCAAAGCAGGCGGUGCUGAAUCGGGUAACAGAACAUGGGUAUA